AUGUUAAUCCAAACCACGAGGUAUCUUGAAAGGGCUAGACCUUUCAGAUCCUUUCCGGUUUUGAACUGGAGAAGGCUUGUAUCGACCGAGAUACAGGAAAAAGAUUUGCAAGCUGGUGAAUCGAACACUGCCACUGAUACUGGUGUCAUCCAUAAAACCGAGCAAGAAACUUUAGUAUAUUUUGAUAACGUUUAUCCGAGAGCUACGUCACUUUGGAGGCCUACUCAAUGGUACAAUGUUUUGCUCACAAACCAGGGAAGAGACGCGGUAAGAGAAAAAAUAAUGAGUUACGCUAGUCCACCAGGAAACCCAAUCCAUGGACUUGAACUUAGGUCUACGAUCCCAGUAAAGCGGGAUGGUGGUGUGUUUGCCACGUUUCUUGUUCCAUUUCGGUACUCGAAAGCAGAGGUGAAUUCAAUGAUUCAGAAAAAUACGGUUCAGGAAUCUUCGAAGUCGAUUUUGGCCGCUUUCACUAAAGCUUCCGCCUUUCCCGUGAAAGGAACCCCCUGGAUAGAGGAUUUGAGAAGAUUGCCGAACAAAACGGUCAGAGUUACUUUUGAAGGCCAAUUACUUACUGAAGAGGAGUUAUAUUCUUUGUUCAGACGGUACGGUAAUAUAAUCGACAUUAUCUGGCCAGAGAAGACCAGCGACACCGCCCUUAUCCGCUACAGAUCGUACCGUGCUGCCAUAUGCGCUAAGAACUGUGUUUCAGGCAUGGAAGUUCAUAACAGUGUCAUACACGUGCAGUACGAGAAACUUGCGAACGGUCACGCAGUAAGAGAUUUCUUCUUGAAUCAUACGAGAAUUUCUGUUCCACUUUUGAUUGCUCUACUUUCCAUCAUAGUUGUGAUGGUUUUUGACCCAAUCAGAGAGUUUUGCAUAAGCCAAAAAAUAACUCACCGGUUUUCAAUUUCCAAGGACAACUACUUUGUUAAGCGGCUUUCUAAAUUCACAUCCUCUACCUUCUCAUCCUUCAGAAGUUUCCUGGGCACAGAAAAUGUGGAGACGAAUAAAAAGCAGCUCUGGGAAGAAAGAAUCGAAAAAGUUAACGAUUUGAAGAUGUGGUUGGAAGAGAACAACAAUACCUUUGUAAUUGUUCGAGGCCCACGCGGAUCGGGCAAACACGAUUUAGUCGUACAGCAUACCUUGCAUGACCGCCCAAAUGUUCUCUAUCUGGACUGCGAUAAAUUGAUCAAAUCAAGGACAGACGCAAAAUUCUUGAAGAAUGCUGCAACCCAGCUUGGGUAUUUCCCCAUUUUCCCUUGGAUAAACUCAAUAACAAAUCUAUUAGAUCUCGGAGUGCAAGGUCUGACUGGUCAAAAAACUGGGCUAUCGGAGAGUAAGGAGACUCAGUUCAGAAAUAUGCUGAAUACGGCAUUGAUGGCAAUUAGGCAAAUAGCGUUGAGGGGCUACAAGCCUGUGAUUGGAAGCGGAGACAAUGCCAUCACAAUCAAAGAAGAAGACUAUUUACAGCAACAUCCUGGCAGGAAGCCAGUGAUUGUUAUCGAUCGCUUUAACAGUAGAGCUGAAAUGAAUGGAUUUGCGUACAAAGAAUUAUCUGACUGGGCUGCUAUGCUAGUUCAAAUGAAUAUAGCUCACGUGAUUUUCCUUACAGAGACCGUUUCACCCAACCAGCUUUUGACAGACUCGCUACCAAGCCAAGUGUUUAAAACAAUGGUUCUAUCCGAUGCUUCCAAAGAGUCUGCAAGGUCUUACGUUCUAGCUUCUCUUGAUCACGGAAGCGAAAGCGAUUUUGAUGACGAUGAAAAGCCUACAAAACCGCUCGACCUUUCAGAACUAACGAAGCACGAGAUUGACGAUGCACUAGAACCUCUCGGGGGGAGAAUGUUAGAUCUUCAAGCCUUUGUUAGAAGGGUUAAAUCCGGUGAGCAACCUCACGAAGCGCUGGAGAAAAUGGUCGAACAGGCUGCAGAACAAAUAACUCAGAUAUUUUUAAGCGAAAACGUCGACCGCAUGAAGAGUGCACAGGCUUGGGAGUUGAUAAAGCUUUUGGCCUCCGGGGAGACUUUGCAAUUUAAAGAGAUCGUAUUGAAACCUUUAUUCAAGUCUGCCCCUGAGGCUGGAUUGUUAGAACUAGAAAGAAACGGGUUAAUUUCUGUUUCUAGGGAAAAAGGAGUGCUUAAAGAUAUAACUCCAGCAAAGCCUUUAUUUCUGGCAGCUUUCCAAUCUUUAACGAAGGAUUCUAAGCUGGCUCCAGUUUUAGAAACAGCUUAUCUUCUGAGAGUCAUAAAUUUUGAAACUGGCAGAAUCAAAGGUUGGGAAGAAGAACUAAGAUCUUUGGGUAAAGUCAGUGACCAAAAAAUAUUCAAAAGUAGGCUCAACUAUCUGGCAAACAAGAUUGACGCCAGCGGGGCUACUAUUGACGAUUGCGAGGGUAAAAUCAAAACUCUGUGUCAGUAG